AUGUGGAGACACGUUGUAACCAGUUUUCAUGACGAAUUUCUGGGUAUAAGCGGACGCUGCUGCGUCAAUAGUAGAAGUACAGAAGGACCUUCGCUGCCAGGUGCAGAAGACAAAGUGUCGCGCGCCAGCCUGGAGAUGGAGCUGCUGGAGGUGACCGACUACGCCGACCAUGUUCUCGGGUUUGAGAAGGCGAGGACUGCUGGACAUCGAGACAGCCCUGCAUUCCGACGAAUGUCCCUGUUGCUUGGACCUCUGGGAAAUGAUCGCUACUGACUGAACAGCAGGAUGAAUGAUCGAAUGUAAGGGCAGGAGGAAACGUCGAAUAAUAGCAACUUUCCGCUACCUGAAAGCAAGGCGGCCCCGAACAUGGAUCCUCGCUCCCGUCGUCCCGGGAAGAAGGAAGAACGAGAAAAAACGUAAAGUACAUUCUUCGGUAGGCGGUGAAGCUUCUACCUUCUGCAUCGUUUGCUGAGGACUCAAUUGGUUUCAACCUACGGCAGAUCUACGAAUUCCGCAACGGAUGCAGGCUCUUCUGCUGUUCGAGCUGACAACCUGUUUUUAGCGGCUUUGGUGGUGUGACGGUUAGCGCAUCGGACUGUUCGCAGAUUCAAACCCGUUCAAAACUGGAUUUUUAAGGAGGUGAAUAAAAAUACUUGGGAGGGGAAGAAAACCCGGCUGUUCCAUGUUGUAGAUGUAUUACAUGUAA